CAAUGCAGCGAAGGCAUCGUCUUGUGCAAUCGUAUAAUCGUUUGGUUGUUUUGGAAUUUUGGAUGACGUAUCGCGUAUUCGUUGUAACAGUAAUCCCAUCGAAUAGUUGAGUGGGUUAAUGAUCAAUUGCGAAGGAAGGUUUUUUCUCCUUUAUAAAACAUGGCAUCUCAACCCAACUACCCAACUUACCCUUCUCAGCCCGCUCCUGGACAACCAAGCUAUGGCUGGUCUGUCCCUGUCGAUCAAGAUCCUCCACCCCCAUACAAUCAAAACCCACCUCUUCAUAAUCCACAACCACCCCCAAGUUCAGCUAAUAUGUACGGUGGCGCAGAUUACGAAUCUGGAGGACUCGGCGAUGCCGCCUUUUCUUUUUCGGAAAAAUCUGUCCGUAUGGCCUUUGUGAGGAAGGUGUACGCGAUCUUAAUGGUUCAGCUAGCCAUUACAGUGGGUUUCAUCUCUCUUUUUGUGUACGAACCGAACGUCAAGUUAUAUUCUCGACAACAUCCUGAAAUGUGGUGGAUAGCAUUUACCAUGACCUUUAUCUUAUUAAUCGUUCUUGCCUGUUGCAACGAUUUUCGACGACGCUGGCCUUUGAACAUCAUUUUAUUGGGGCUUUUCACUGCGUGCGAAGGUUUCAUGCUUGGAGCCGUAUCGUCCCUCUAUAGGUCGGAAGAUGUGCUAAUUGCUGCCGGUAUAUGCACGGCCGUAUGUCUUGCGUUGACUGUAUUUGCCAUGCAAACGAAAUGGGAUUUUACUGCUUGCGGAGGGAUUCUUUUUGUCUGUGUCAUCGUUUUGUUCAUUUUUGGCAUUGUUGCUAUUUGCAUCCCAGGAAAGGUUAUCAACCUGGUUUACGCUUCGUUGGGGGCACUUCUUUUUAGUUGCUAUCUAGUUUUCGAUACCCAAUUGAUGUUGGGUGGCAAACACAAAUACUCGAUUUCUCCUGAAGAGUACAUCUUCGCGGCACUAAAUCUUUAUCUGGACAUUAUUAACAUCUUCUUAUACAUCUUAGCUAUAGUUGGUGGCUCUCGUAACUAAACGAUGAACCACGUCUCUUGAUCUUUUUUCUCCCUAUUAUUAUGGAUUCUCUUGAGUCUGACUUUCUUUGUUCUAACUAGACUAGUUUACGUCUGCCUAAUGUCCGAAUAAUCUUCUUAAACACUAGAUGUUUGAGUAACUAACGUACUGGAAAUUGGUGUUACUUUGCAUCUCGUCAAUGUUCGGUUAUCGUUGCAUGACCAUUCCACGUCGAUUGCUUUUCUUCUCAUAUUAAAAUUAUAUCAAUUGUUGUCGCCGGAUCAAUGGCGCAAGUUUCAUAACAAUAGUUUCUGUCCCCUAUUAGUUUGAUGUUAAUAAGAGCCAACGUUCUUCAGGCGCGGGAAUUUGAAAUUCAGUUGGUUGCCAUCACGAAAUGCCAAUUGCCAUUGAAGGCAUUGUAUUUGGCGCUUUUUGUUUCGGGCUUAUCUUCGUUACACCCGUUGUCUACUUUUUAAAUAUUGUGUUGAAAUAAACAAGAUAAAUAAA